UCAUCAUUCAAAGAGUGAGGGUUUUAGACUUUAGACUUCACUACUCUCUUCUCUUCUUCUACUUCAUCCUCUUUCUACUCACCAUGAAUUCUCAUUCCAUAACUAACUUCCGUUACUCCAACCUCACACUCAAUCACAACCGUCCAUCAUUUCCAACAACCUUAUCACCCUCCCUCUCCUUCCGUUCACGUCCACCACCGCAAUUCCUCCCUCCGCCGCCGUCGUCGUCGUUCAAACCACCACCAAUCAAAGCCUCAUCCUCCUCAAACAACCCUCCCUUUCACAAACAACCAAAACCCCCUUCCCUACCUAACCCAUUCCAAACCCUAACCUCUCUCUUCUCCCCCGCCAUCGAAACCACUUGCAUCGUCAUUGCCGCAACCGCUUUCUUCUUCAUGCGUUUCCAUCACUCUCCCGUCAUCGCCGCCACCCUCUCUCCUCCAUCAUCCACCGUCCAAACCACCGAAACUGAAACCGAAACCACCGAAACUGAAAAUGAAAACACAUCCACUCAAAGAGAACAAGCGGAGAACCUAAUCGAAGAGAUAUUACGCGAAAAUCCAAACAACGCUGAAGCUUUACGUGAUCUAAUGGUAGUGAAAAUCAAAGCACAAAAAGUUGAUGAAGCGAUUCAAGUUAUAGACCGUUUGAUUCAAAUCGAACCUGAAGAAACUGAAUGGCCUUUAUUGAAAGCUAACAUGUAUAUCUACAACGAAGACAUUGAAUCUGCUAAGAAAUUGUUUGAAGAGAUUCUCAAGAAAGAUCCACUUAAAGUUGAAGCUUAUCAUGGUCUUGUAAUGGCGACUUCGAAGUCGGAUGAACCGUUGAAAGGAUUGUUGAAUAGAGUUGAAAAAGCAAUGGAAUUGUGUAAGAAACAGAAAGGGGUUUCUGAUGUUAGAGAUUUUAGGUUAUUGGUUGCUCAGAUUAAGGUGAUGGAAGAGAAUUACCCUGAAGCUCUUAAAGCUUAUCAGGAUUUGGUGAAAGAAGAACCUAGAGAUUUUAGGCCUUAUCUUUGUCAGGGUAUUAUAUAUACCUUGCUUAGAAAGAAAGAUGAAGCUGAGAAGCAAUUUGAUCAGUUUCGAAGGCUUGUUCCGAAGAAUCACCCAUAUAGAGAGUAUUUUGAUGAUAACAUGUAUGAAGCCAAUAAGCAGAAAUUCGAGAAGGAAGGAGCUGGUGCUAGGAGUUGAGAAUUGAGAUUGAGAAGGGUUAUGAGGCAAAUGGAGGACAAGGAAAAUUGUAGCACAGGGCGUUAAGAGAGAUUAAUGUACGUGAAUCGUGAUAGGUUAUUGUGGUGUUGAUUGAUUCAUGUAGUCAAUCCCAUCUAGUGAGAAAAUAAUUGGUUGUUAUAGCGAUGUUUCUUGUUUAUUUGCUGUCACAAUGAUGUGAAUGUGGCCAGGUGAGUGUGUGUAGUGUAGCUAUAAUGGAGGGAUUCAUAUAUUGUGCAUGGUUCACCCAAUUUUUGUGUAAUAACAAGCCAUAUGCGCUUAUCCUGA